GGCGCCACCUUGUGGUAGUGAUGGGUAAGCCUGUUUUCUGUUGUUAGUGAAGCGGAGGCAGAUAUAACAGGAGCUUGUGCGCUGUAGUGCCAGCCAUUCCGAUUCUUAGCACAGGAGAUGAUGGAGCUUUCAGUGCCUGCAGCAUUUUCUCCUCGUAACAUUUCAGUUUCUAGAGUUUAACUUUGUUUUUUUUAAAGUGCAUAUAUGUUUUUUGCUCCACCAUAAAGUAAUUCUUUGGAUUUACCCCAACUAUGAUUUUAUUUUUGGAUUAAAUUACCUAUGACCAGUCAGGUAAUACUCACGUAUUGCAGACCCUAGUUUUUCUGUUUCGUGGCUCCAAAUUGCAGUUUCCUGUACCUUAACUUUACUUUUCAUUUUACACCCGCAAUCUGUCAAACUUUUAAUAUCAUAUUUAAUAUUUUGAUUUGGGAAUAUUUGCUCCUCUCUCAAGCUUCUUCAGUUUUUGGAAGCAAUGGGCGACUGAGGUUCAACCAAACCCGGUUUAUCACUUCAGAAAAAUGUUUUGAGCCACACGCUUCUUCUCGUCACCUGUGAGGACGCAAGGAAGACUUUGUCACUUAGGAACCCUUCAGAUGACCGUUCCAGCCACUGCAUGACUGUACAACCCUGACGCAUCUGCAGAGUACAAUACUGCCGCAAUGGAAAGUAUUUCAAAUGAAAGUGACUUCUGGCAGUCUAACGAGUCCUGGCGGGAUGCGGCUCUCGUUAACGGGACGGCCGGGUUGAAUCAAACAAACCCUCUGAAGCGGAAUGAAGAGGUGGCGAAGGUGGAGGUGACCGUGCUUGCUCUGGUGCUGUUCUUAGCGCUGGCGGGGAACCUGUGCGUCCUGCUGGCCAUCCACACCACCAAGCACAGCCAGUCCCGCAUGUAUUACUUCAUGAAGCACCUGAGCAUCGCCGAUCUGGUUGUGGCGAUAUUUCAAGUUCUCCCUCAACUUAUCUGGGACAUUACGUUUCGGUUCUAUGGGCCGGACAUUUUGUGCAGGUUGGUGAAAUACCUACAGGUCGUUGGGAUGUUCGCCUCCACUUACAUGUUAGUUUUAAUGUCCAUAGACAGGUGUUUGGCAAUUUGUCAGCCUCUUCGGUCUUUGCACAGGAGAAAAGACCGUUUCUAUGUCAUAUUUUCCUGGGUCCUGAGCCUGCUCUUCAGCGUCCCGCAGAUGUUCAUUUUUUCCCUGAGAGAGGUUGGCUCGGCAGGAUCAGGAGUGUAUGACUGCUGGGGCGACUUCGUGAAGCCUUGGGGAGCCAAAGCCUAUAUCACAUGGAUCAGUCUCACCAUAUAUAUCAUUCCGGUGGCAAUAUUGAGCAUCUGCUAUGGGCUGAUAAGCUUCAAAAUAUGGCAGAACUUUAAGCUGAAAACGAGGCGGGAGCAGUGUAUAAGCCUGACGCCGAAAACGUCCAAAGGAAACACGCUGGCCCGUGUGAGCAGCGUGAAGCUCAUCUCCAAGGCGAAGAUAACCACAGUAAAAAUGACUUUUGUGAUCGUCGUGGCUUAUAUCGUCUGCUGGACACCCUUUUUCUCUGUUCAGAUGUGGUCCGCGUGGGAUCCAGCAGCGCCCCGUGAGGCCAUGCCCUUCAUCAUCUCCAUGCUGCUGGCCAGCCUCAACAGCUGCUGUAACCCCUGGAUCUACAUGUGCUUCGCUGGACAUCUGUUCCAGGAUCUUAGGCAGAGCUUUCUUUGCUGUUCCACUCGCUACCUCAAGUCAUCCCAGUGCCGCUGUGAACGUGACUUUGACUCCAGUCACAAGAGCAUCUCCUCAACCUUUGCCAUUAAGAGCACGAGCAGUCAGAGGAGCAUCACACAGACUUCCACCACAUGAGCACCUGCCUUCAAUUCCUUUUCCGCCCUGCCUUUCAUCACACGUCGUCAGCCAUGCGAUGUCCGGCAGUUGAGCUCCUUCAGAAACCUCUCACCCUGUGGCUCCCAGUCCAGGGCCAGAAGGAUUAAAAAAAAAAAAAGAAAAGAAAAGAAAAUCAGCAAAAGUCUUGUUUUAUUUACAGUGAAGUAGAAAUGGAUUCCUGAAAGAGAAAAAUGUACAGCAUAUUGUUAAUGGUGCAUUAUUUUGUUAACAAAAAGAUAAUCAUGACGAUAAACCAAGUUGAGAAAUCACCUAAAUCUUUUGGCUUAUUAUUUUCUUUACAUUUGUCUUGCUUUCAAUGUACAGUAUAUAUUAACCUGUUUGCAGUGCAGAGAGAGCGACUUUUUUAAACAACAUAGGCCUACCGCAUUGUUGAUGUUGUCACCAGCAAAUCUUAUGGAUCCUCUUUGUCUGUGUUCCAACGAAAUUGCUCACCUGUUAUAAAUAUUGUGUACAAUGUUGUUCACUUUGUUACAUAUGCAAUGGAUUGUAUAAAUGUAAACUGUUACUCGAGAUAUUGUUAGAUGUGAGAAGUCAUGGCAGUCAAAAAAAAAAAGCCUAAAAAAUAAAUAAAGAACAAAAGCAGCAAAAA